AUGCCUUACAACAUUGCCAUGGUCAGCGACUUUUUUUUCCCUCAGCCCGGAGGAGUUGAAAGUCACAUCUACCAACUCUCUACCAAGCUGAUCGAUCGAGGGCACAAGGUUAUCAUAAUAACACAUGCCUACCAAGGUCGAACCGGCGUCCACUACCUGACAAACGGGCUCAAGGUCUAUCAUGUCCCCUUCCUGGUCAUCUAUCGAGAGACAACCAUGCCUACCGUCUUCUCCUUCUUCCCAAUCUUCCGCAAUAUAGUCAUCAGAGAGGAGAUCCAGAUUGUCCACGGUCAUGCUAGUUUGAGCAGUUUUUGUCACGAAGCUAUCCUUCAUGCUCGCACAAUGGGACUACGCACUGUCUUCACCGAUCACUCCCUAUUCGGAUUUGCCGACGCCGGGUCCAUAUUGACCAACAAGCUUCUGAAGUUUGCCCUGAGCGACGUGGACCACGCUAUUUGCGUCAGCCAUACCUGCAAGGAGAAUACCGUGCUUCGAGCCUCGCUUGACCCCCUGAUGGUUUCCGUCAUCCCCAACGCCGUGGUCGCCGAGAACUUCCAGCCGAAAUCAUAUAUCCCGAACUCCCGAAACGAGAUGGACUACUUGAGACCAAGGCCACUGCCACAACGUCUAGGUCCGGGCGACACAAUUGUAAUCGUCGUUAUUUCCCGAUUAUUCUACAACAAGGGAACAGAUCUCCUGAUUGCGGCGAUUCCACGCAUCCUCGCGGCACAUCCCAAUGUCCGUUUCAUCAUCGCGGGCUCCGGUCCGAAAGCUAUUGACCUGGAGCAGAUGCUCGAACGGCGAAUGCUCCAAGACAAAGUGGAGCUGGUGGGCCCGGUGCGUCACGAAGAAGUUCGCGAUGUGAUGAUCAGAGGGCAUAUUUACCUGCACCCGAGUCUGACCGAGGCGUUUGGGACUGUCAUCGUCGAGGCUGCUAGUUGUGGUCUCUACGUUGUCUGUACCAGAGUUGGUGGUAUCCCGGAGGUCCUUCCAGCGCACAUGACGACAUUUGCGAAACCUGAAGAAGAUGACCUGGUACUUGCGACAGGGAAAGCCAUUGCUGCGUUGCGGUCGGGAAAGGUCAAGACCGAAAGGUUCCACGACCAGGUCAAAAUGAUGUACUCCUGGACGGAUGUUGCACAAAGAACAGAACGAGUCUAUGACGGCAUCACGGGGGCCAUCAGCGAGCAAGAAUUCUACGGUGAACAUGCCAACGCGCCCUGGAGUGCAUCACGCCUCCGUGGCUAUGCACUGAUUGACCGAUUGAAGCGGUACUACGGAUGUGGGAUAUGGGCCGGCAAGUUGUUCUGCCUGUGCGUGGUCAUUGACUACCUCAUAUUUUUGAUACUGGAACUCUGGGCUCCAAGGUCGCGCAUUGACAUCGCACGGUCCUGGCCACGGAAACCCUUCAUCAACGACAAGAACAAGCCCGUCGAGAAUGGCGCGUAUCGCCGUAGAGGUACAGACCUGAUGGAUGGGCGCAAUGGAAGCCUUGUCAUGCGCUGA